AUGCCACGCUCUCGCUUUCUCUGUCUCGCUUGCUCACCUAUAAAUGGCGAGGUCGCCGGAGUGCGAGGCGACUAUAAGAAGCGCGCGCCCCUGCACGUUAAGGUAGGCCAGCGAGGUGAUGCGUCCCCACGACCGAUGCCACGCUCUCGCUCGCUCUGUCCCACUUGCUCACCUAUAGAUGGCGAGGUUGCCGGAGUGCGAGGCGACUACAAGAAGCGCGCGCCCCUGCACGUUAAGGUAGGCCAGCGAGGUGAUGCGUCCCCACGACCGAUGCCACGCUCUCGCUCUCUCUGUCCCGCUUGCUCACCUAUAGAUGGCGAGGUUGCCGGAGUGCGAGGCGACUACAAGAAGCGCGCGCCCCUGCACGUUGAGGUAGGCCAGCGAGGUGAUGCGCCCCCACGACCGAUGCCACGCUCUCGCUCUCUCUGUCCCGCUUGCUCACCUAUAGAUGACGAGGUUGCCGGAGUGCGAGGCGACUACAAGAAGCGCGCGCGCCCUGCACGUUGA